AUUUUUAAUCAAUGCAAUUAACAGGACUUAACAAUGACCACUGCCCAAUGCCCAGUUGGGUCUUUUCCAUUCCAACUCCAUCCAUGAACACGUCAAAUGCUCAACGACGAGGCACGGUCCAGAGGCCUACAGAUGCCAAAGAGCUACCCCGAAAAAGGCAGCCCCCUCAACCGACCUCCACUCUACUCCACCGUGACUCUCUUUCCGCCGCCGCAGCCGCCGCCGUGUACCGCCUCUUCCGGCGUCUCACCUCCCCGGAUUCCCCCCCCACCCACACUCCAACCAUUUGUUCACUUGUGCUCAGCUCUUUCUUCCUCGUACGCAUAAUCCCAAUUAGCCAACGUUAACAACAAUCCAUACAUAUUAUUCCAUUUUUGUUUUUGCCACUGGCAUUUAUUCCCUGCCACAAAUUCUCCCCCAAUAGAAGACACCCAACAAACCGCCACCGCCACCACCUCCUUCUCCGACGCCCCACCACCAGCCCCCAUCUCCUUAUGAUUUUUUCCUCUGCUUGAGCUUCCUUCUGGGCUGUUACACAAGGAACAGAGCUGCGGAAACAUCCAAAAGCCGAGCAUAUAUAUUAUAUUAUAUUAUAUUAUAUUAUAUGUUGAUAGUAUUUUAACCAAAAAGGCAUAGGCGGUCGCGUCAGGUUGAGACUUGUGACUUUAGAGUUGGGAGAAAAAGGGAGAUAUAAAUAAGAAUCCCGAAGCCUUCUCUGUCUCAAUCUUCAUACCGUUAUCUGCUUGGAUGUCCAUUCUCUCUCCGGUCCCCAUUUCAAGAUCUCCCAUGCCCCCUACCCUGCUGUGAUAUAUCCCCCAUAGUCUCCCAAUUCAAUUGCUCUAUGUCGAAUCAGUACUGUUUCCGGAAUACCCAUAUCCUUUUUCUUCAAUCUGGUUGGCCGUCAUGGCUGCUUCUGCUUUGCUCGGUGACAAUGGCGCCGACGAUGGCGAUAAAAAUAGCAGCGGCAGCCCUUUGAGCGCCUCCGAUAAGACUAGCGGUGAAUACCCACAGUUCGUAUCCGACGGGAAGAUGGUGAGGAAGAGGAUGGCUUCUGAGAUGGAGCAACUGCAAACCAGCGAUUAUAAUAGGUUUCCUCGCCGGAUUACGGACGCUUCACCAGCGGCGAAUCAUUUUUCCGGCGUCGAUUGCCCGUCCCUGACCUUCGCGGCAGGCGGAGAUGUUGCUUCACGAGACAACAACAUCGGCAACCCUAACCACUCUAAUUUGCUACCUUCUUCCACUAACUCCACCGUGACGUCAGGGGUUUGUGGGUUCUCCGGCCUGCCCUUGUUCCCGCCGGAGAGAAAUCGAAACGCGACGGUCGCCGCAGGCGUUUUUGUCUCUUCUGCUGCGGCUACCGUUACCCCCAUCGCAAGUGCUCCUUCUUCCAUGGAGGACCCAUCUGCGACGGCGUGGAUUGACAGCGUCAUAAGGGACCUAAUCCACAGCUCCACCGCCGUCUCGGUUCCCCAAAUCAUUCAAAACGUGAGAGAGAUCAUCUACCCUUGUAACCCUCACCUGGCGUCGCUCCUUGAGUACCGGCUACGCUCGCUCACGGAGCCCAUCCCAAAUCAACCGGAAGCGAGGAGGAAGGAAGUGCACCCGGCGGAUAUUCCGAGGAAUUAUCCCCGGCAAGGACCGGUGCAAGAGUCCGCCGGACUUAAGCUCUAUCUGGACUCCAGUGCUCUAGAGAACGACCCUUUUGCCCUUUCGAAUUCCGUGGCUUCGCCGGCAAUGAAUCAGUAUUCCAACUGGGGCGUAACGGUACCUACCACCACCGCCGUUGCCGCCACCAUGGGCCGAGGCGGAGGAACCAACCAACAGUUUCAAGACCGUCAAGCCAGCGCUGCUUCUGUUAAGCCGGUACUCUCGUUGAAGCAAGUGCAACCGCCUCGGCCGCCUCCGCCCACGGAGGAACAACCGCAGGCGAGCUCUUCUCCUGCGGAAACAGAAGCAGCGACAGUGACCACCGCACCGCCGCCGCCGUCGACGGCGGUCCUAACCAGAGAGCAGAAAGAGGAAAUGCGGCAGCAGCAGAGAGAUGAAGAGGGUCUCCACCUACUGACCCUUCUGCUUCAGUGCGCGGAGGCGGUGUCGGCUGACAACUUCGAGGAAGCGAACCGGAUGCUGCUGGAAAUCUCGGAGCUAUCGACGCCGUUUGGCACGUCGGCGCAGCGGGUGGCGGCGUACUUCUCGGAAGCGAUGUCCGCGAGGCUCGUGAGCUCGUGCCUGGGGAUCUAUGCGUCGCCGCAGGCGGUUCCGCACAGCCAGAAGAUCGUCGCCGCCUUCCAAGUUUUCAACGGCAUAAGCCCCUUCGUCAAGUUCUCGCACUUCACGGCGAACCAGGCUAUCCAAGAGGCCUUCGAGAGAGAGGCCCGAGUUCACAUCAUAGAUCUGGACAUCAUGCAGGGGUUGCAGUGGCCGGGGCUGUUCCACGUUCUGGCGUCGCGGCCCGGGGGCCCGCCGUUCGUUAGGCUGACGGGGCUCGGAACCUCCAUGGACGCUCUGGAGGCCACCGGAAAGCGGUUGUCGGAUUUUGCAGAGAAAUUAGGAUUGCCGUUCGAGUUCUUUCCGGUGGCGGAGAAGGUGGGGAACCUGGACCCAGAAAGGCUGAAUGUGAGCCAGAGGGAGGCCGUGGCAGUGCACUGGUUGCAGCAUUCGCUCUACGACGUCACCGGCUCAGACAACAACACGCUUUGGCUCUUGCAGAGACUGGCUCCAAAGGUGGUGACUGUGGUGGAGCAGGACUUGAGCCACGCCGGGUCAUUCCUGGGGAGGUUCGUGGAGGCCAUACACUACUACUCGGCGCUGUUCGACUCGUUGGGGGCUAGCUAUGGGGAGGAGAGCGAGGAACGGCACGUGGUGGAGCAGCAGCUGCUGUCGAGGGAGAUCCGAAACGUGCUGGCGGUGGGUGGACCGUCUCGGAGCGGCCAGGUGAAGUUCCACAACUGGAGGGAGAAGCUGCAGGAGUCAGGCUUCCGGGGGAUCUCUCUGGCUGGGAACGCCGCGUCGCUGGCCACGCUGCUUCUCGGGAUGUUCCCGUCCGAUGGGUACACCUUGGUGGAGGACAAUGGCGCCCUCAAGCUGGGCUGGAAGGACCUCUGCUUGCUCACUGCUUCUGCCUGGAGGCCCUUUCAUGCUACCACCACCCUUCACUAUGCCGCCCGCUAGCUACUGUGCUUUAGCUGCCUCCAGCUAGUUUUUUACCCCAGUUCCCUCUUGGUUUCUAGCUAGGCGGAUGCUUAAUCGGAAUAUGCAUAUUGCAUGCAUGUGUUGUAGAGAAUUGAAGCAGGCAGACUAUUAACAUUAAUCUGAUCUCCGUUGUAUAAUAAUCUUCGAAACACCCAUAUAUAAAUAGUAGGCCGCAGCCUAGCCUAGCCUAGCCUAGCGUAGCCUAGCCUUUGACCAAUUCUCAAUUCAGUAGGCCAAAUUGUUUUUGAAUCAUGGAACAAAAUUCAUUUUCUUUUUUCAUCCAAAA